AUGGCGGCACCCUCUCUACGUACAGAGCCCCUGCGUACGACUAAUCCUAAAAUGGCGGCGCCCAGACCUGGAAAAAGCGUGGGCGGAGAGACGUACGGCGCCCAGGCCUCGACCAUGGUGCGUUGUCGCCCCCUGCUAGCCAGCAAUGGAAACAAGAGACGGAUUUCCACCAUGGAGAUGGGAAUUUCCUAG